AUGUCUACACCUCUCCCUAGUGAUGAAACUGCAACGCAAGCUUCCAAAAACGUUUUGCGGCAACUGGUCAAAAGCACUGGCGAUCCCAGUCAUGUCGACCACUUAGACUCGUCAGAUUUUCCCGAGGGUGGUGUAACAGCUUGGGGCACAGUGCUAGGAGCUUUUUUGGUACAAUUCUGUGGCGCUGGAUAUACCACCUCCUACGGCGUUUUCCAGGACUUUUAUACUCAAAUUUAUCUGACCAAUUCUACACCUUCUGAAAUCGCCUGGAUAGGAAGUGUGAAUGCAUUUUUGACAUUCUCAGUCGGUCUCGUGUCAGGAAGUACCCCUGAUCAUACACCCAGCUAUCAUGUGAUGAAAAUUGGCUGUUUCCUCCAGUGUCUCUUCCUCUUUAUGCUGUCACUAGCAAAACCGAAUGGAUAUUAUCAAGCAAGUCUAAUAUUCCUUUCUCAAGGUAUCGGUUCCGGGAUUGCAAUAGGCCUUACGAAUAUUCCCUCAAUCGCCGUGGUAGCUCAUCAUUUCGAGCGACGUAGAGCUUUCGCGAUGGGACUCGUCGUUGCAGGGGUGUCGAUGGGUUCAAUCCUGCACCCAAUUAUGCUCAACAACCUCAUCAAUGGAAGACUUGGCUUUGCAAACGGUGUCCGUGUUAGUGCGGGCAUGAUUGGUGGUCUGCUUCUCAUAGCGUAUCUCCUGAUGCACACAAGACUUCCACCUCAACCCAAGGCCGUUAGCUACACUCGUGUUUUACAAAUCUCGUUGAGAGAUCCUGCUUAUGUUUGUGCGUGUUUAGGGAUCGCUGCUUUCGAAGUCGGAUUCUUUUUCGUGGCAUUUUAUCUCCAAUUAGACUCCCGUUGGCACGGUGUAAGCAAAGAAUUUUCGUUUUAUUCGCUUACAAUCUCCAAUACUAGUUCUUUCAUAGGAAGACUUACCGCUGGCGUUAUCUCUGCCUACGUGGGCAUCCCGAAUACCAUCAUCAGCUGCUCAUUCACAUCAUCCGCUGUAAUAUUUUCAAUGAUUGGCUUGCGCUCGUUGGCCAGCGUAGCACUGAUAGGUAUUAGCUAUGGUUAUUUUUCUGGAGUUACCAUAGCAUUAAUUGGCCCGUUGACAUCAUAUCUGACCCCUGAAGUCUCAGAUCUUGGCGCUCGAAUUGGAAUAUCGUUCACAAUGACUGGUUCUCCGAUUUGUGGAGCUGUCCUGACCUCGCAUUACAUUUGGUGGAGGCCCGCUGUCUUAGCUGGGGUGAGUGGAUCAUGCGACGUGGCGUUUUCGUACUCUGGCUGA